AUGUAUAACGCUGACUACUUUGGCAGCUUCCAUGUCUCGGAAGGCAUUUGGAUGGACCCUGGCGAAUUUGAGAUGGACUACGGGUACCAGGAUGACGCGCUCCAAGAAAAUUUUUGUGACCAGACGCCGUUGCCGGAGGAUUGGAGAAGUUUUGCUUCGACUGAAGAUCCGUGGGAAUUUCAGCAACAGCGAGCGGAGGUCAUGCAGGAGGAGGCAGCGGGGCCAUCUUCUGAGUUCCGUGCGUGUGAGGUGCCGGAAUUGUCUUUUCUGGAUCAGUUCCUUGCGGUUGUUGAGCGUGUUUUUCGGCAGUGUUUGCGAACGAAGCUGGGGCUUCUUCUGGAGGUGGGAACCCCGAUUCUAUUUUUCUGCAUCACCGUUUUUCUGUGGUCCCUCUGGGGCACGGAACAAUUCACUGAGACAAAUUUUGUGAAUUACUCCCAUAUGCAGUCAUUUAUUGAUGCGGAUUUCUACAUGAUCUACGUGUGCUCCCGUACCCCAGGCGGAGUGCACGGUCUCCCUCCUUGUAAUCCAGGAGUUCCCCUUGAUUGCAAAGGUGACGAGAGCACAUUACCCGUCAAAGGCCUCUGCGUGUACGCCUCGGUUGGUGCGUCACUCUUGUUGCACGCAUUUUUGAAUUCUUUUAACGGCCGCAUUGCAGAGCUCCCCACACUGGAUGCCCUUGUCGUUUUUCAAUGGUUGGCGCGCAAGAGUUUAGAAAUGGGUUCAUCGCCCUUUGGUAUAUAUCCCAAGACGCGCUUCUCUGCUAUUACUUCCUCCGGCAUGUUGUAUUUUGUUGGAGAUUCAACGUUCCUUAGGGGAUUAACCGCAGAACUUGAGAAAAGUUCCAAGUUUUUUAAUUACGUGAACGGUGGCAUUUACAACACGAUGAAAGAAGCUGAAAGACAAUUUGAGAACAACCAAUUCAAUUGGGGCAUCGUUCAUGUACGUCGUGCUGACCGUCAGGUCUUGGACGCUAUAAUUUAUCUUAAUGCUACCGCAGUGCCGGAUUUUGACGAGGUUGUUUCAGACGCCUACCCUGGCGGUUUUCAAUUUGACAGGGCGGAAAUGUACGUUUUGUCGGGCUACCUUACACUGCAGAAACUAAUAUCGGAGUACUACAUUAACCAACUUUCCCCCACGCUCCGUCUGAAUACAACUGCCUACAUUGCAUCUCAGGCGUUUGUUGAGUAUCGUCAGGCAACGUUUUUGAUGUAUGCACGCGACAUUCUGCCUCUCAUAUUUGUAUUGGCUUUUCUCUACUCCGUCUCAACACGAACGAAAGCAAUCGUAUUGGAGAAGGAAAUGCGUAUUCGUGAAGCAAUGCUCAUAAUGGGCAUGAAAGAUGUCGUGAUUUAUGCGGUGUGGCUUGUGAGAUCCGUUUCGAUUGACUUCUUUGUGUGUAUAGUCAUCAGCAUUCUAUUGAAAUGCACUUAUAUGACACAAAGCGAUCCAUUCAUCAUCUUCUGUGUAUUUUUUUUAUUUACCUUGACGACCAUCCCACUUUCUGGACUUUUGUCUGCUUUUUUCAGCAAGGCUCGCCUUGCGUCAUUGCUUUCACCGAUUAUCUACUUUAUCCUGACGCUUCCGACUAUGGCCACCUCCGAAACGAACAGUGCGCUGACUAUAAUUUUUGCCUUACUUUCACCUUCCGCUUUUGUUACAAUACUUCAACAUAUCUUAGCGGAUGAAUGCGCGCGUGGUUUUUCCGCAAAAAAGCUGGCGGACAGUUUAUACGAACCAAAGACGGUAGUGGUUUUGUGUUUAAUGCUUGUUGAUUUUUUUAUCUAUUUUAUUCUCAUGUUGUACCUGGACGCCGUUAUACCAAAGGACUGGGGAACAGCUAAACACCCAUUCUUUUUUAUUAUUGACCCUAUACGUUGGUACUUUUCAAAAGGAGACGUGUACGAGGGGGGUGGCCCUGACGGGCGGGCCCCGGACGGUGUCUUUGAACAUGAUGAGGAAGAAGAGGAAGAAAUUGUGGUGAGAAUUUGUGGCUUGCGGAAGGUGUAUUGGCGAGGCGGAAAGAGAUUUACUGCGGUGAAAAAUCUGUACUGGAAUCUGCGUGAGGGCGAGAUAUCUGUGUUGCUUGGACGCAAUGGUGCGGGGAAGUCGACGACGCUGAACAUGAUGACAGGCAUGGUGAGACCUGACGGCGGCGACUGCUACGUUUAUGGACUCUCAGUGCGGCACCAAUUGUCGCGUGUGCGGCGGGAGAUUGGAUUCUGUCCACAGCAUAACAUUUUGUGGCCGGAACUGACAUGCCGCGAGCAUCUGGAGUUCUUUGCCAAAAUAAAGGGUCUUAAGGGAGCUGAGCUGGAGAAGGCGGUGCAGCGAAUGCUGCACGAGACAGACAUGUUAGAAAAGAUUGAUUUUCCUGCCAUGCGACUUUCCGGUGGGCAGAAGCGGAAGCUCUCUUUGGGUCUCGCGUUUGUGGGCCAGAGCCGCCUUGUGUUUCUUGAUGAGCCGACUGCUGGCAUGGACGUUGGUGCACGCCGUCACAUAUGGGAAUUGCUAAGGCGAAUGUCUUCCUCCCACACCAUCCUGCUGACGACGCAUUACAUGGACGAGGCAGAUUUAUUGGGGCACCGGAUUGGUAUCAUGAAAAGCGGCUCUCUACAAUGCUCUGGCAGCAGUUUGUUUUUAAAAUCCAGGCUGGGUUUGGGUUAUAGUCUUACGAUCGCCAUGGUCCCGGAUGCAGAUUUUGAUUCCAUCCAUCAAAUUGUAGAAGAAAAUAUUCCGAAUGUGUUGUUUCUUGGUUAUAGUGGUUUUCAUCUGUCGUACUGUUUGCCGAUGAGCGAAGCCUCGAAUUUUUCUGAACUCCUGUACAGCAUUGAAGGUCACGCUAAUUAUGGCGUAUGUGGAUAUUCGAUUUCUGCAGCAACUCUUGAGGAUGUAUUUUUGCGUGUAUCACAGGGUUUAGACGAAAUUCGUAUGCAUGAUGAAGACUAUUCGUUUUUGUGGAACUGCGCAUUAACACGUUCCCCUUCGUUGCGGCAGUUUUGCGUUCUGAUGAAGAAACGUUUUCAGAAUGCCUUUCGUGACCGACGAAUGCAGUGCUUUCAACUGGUGUGUCCAUUCUUCUGUGUGUUACUGGCUAUGUUGCUUGGUUUGGUAAGUUUUAAAAAGAACCAGGAGCUUAACUUAUCAUUUGACCUUUACAACGAGAAAGUACUCCUGGACACGGCUCAGUGCGAGGACUUUUGGGGGGAAAAGCCUCUUUUGUCGAAUUUAAUUGUCAACGAAACCCACUUUGGGAACGCGGUGGAACUUGGAAGCUACACAUCUGACACGUGGUUUUCCCACGAAAUGCCGCGGUACGCCAGCAUCUCUUGCAUUGAUCGUGAUCUUUACUGGAAGAUGGGGAAAAUAAAUCCCAUCAUUAUGUUGCACAAUACUUCGGCCAUUCACCAAACGGGCGUUACCAUGGCGGCUUUUUAUCAACUCCUGUACAAGAAUAUAAGUAGUGGAAGGGGCAACAUCUCAUGGUCAAUUGGUGCUCUCCGCGGUGGUGUCGAUUCUUUGAGCUCCAUUGAGGUGAUUCUGAUGGGAACGAUUCUCAUGAUACCAUUUACUUUUUUCCCAUCUAAUCCUGUUGCGUGGGUCGUAAAGGAGCGGGAAUGUGGUGCGUUACAGUUACAGAAGAUUGCAGGGCUGCGCCUUAUGAUUUACUGGCUGUCUAACUUUCUUUUUGACAUGGCGGCGUAUCUCGUGUCUGUCAUUUUUGUCGUGAUAAUUUUUGCGGUGUUUCGUCGGGACGAAUACGUUGGACCCGAUACGGUCGGUGCUUUGCUCACCUUAUUUUUUGUAUACGGCUUCACAAGUACGAUUGCUGGGUAUCUCGUUAGUUUCUUUUUUAGUGAGCACUCAACGGCGCAGAUGGUGGUGAUGGCGGCUGGUUUUGUCCUGGGGUUUUUGCUGUUGAUGGUUGUUUUUAUUUUUUCGCUCCUCGAGAAAACAAAAGAUUUAUCCGAUCACCUCCGAUGGCCUUUCCGUAUUUUGCCAACAUACUCCAUCGGCGAAUGCAUGAUAAACCUAAGUAAUUUCAGGCAGAUGAAAAUGAGAGGAUUGGUAAACUCGGCAUUUGACGGCAAUAUCACUGGAUAUCCCAUUGUGUUCCUUGCGGUUGAAUUUCCCAUUUUUUUAUUAUUGCUGCUUUUCAUUGAGCAUCCAAAGCGGCGGAGGUAUUGGAGUCGACAUUUCUAUUCAGUUCAGAGGAGUACCAACCAGGAAAUCCCGGACCAAGACACGGAUGUUGAGGAAGAGCGGAAUGCCGUUUACAUGGCAAAGCAAAUGGGUAUUGUGAACUCUGUUGUGACGGUCUGUGGUUUGCAUAAAAAAUACUCCAAUGGGAAAGUUGCGGUGCGAAAUUUAACCUUUGGUGUUCUUCCUGGCGAAAUCUUUGGCUUUCUUGGCACAAAUGGUGCAGGUAAGACGACAACUAUCGCGAUGCUUUGCCAGCAGCUUCUUCCAACGAGCGGAUCUGCUGCAAUCUGUGGACACGACAUCCUGGAGGAGAGUUCUGAGGCACUGAAAUGCAUCGGGUACUGCCCACAGUUUGAUGCGUGCCUGGAGUUACUGACGGUGGAGGAGCAACUGCAGCUGUACGCGGGUGUGCGCGGAAUCGUGCGAAGACAAUGCGAUAAUGUUGUGUCCGGACUGCUACAACUGUGUGAGCUUGUGGAGUAUCGGGACACACUUGCACACGAGCUGAGCGGGGGCAACCGACGCAAGCUGAGCGUGGCGAUUGCGUUGGUGGGAGGCCCGCGCGUGUUGUUCUUGGAUGAGCCUUCGGCUGGCAUGGAUCCCAUUGCACGUCGCGGUCUGUGGAACGCGAUCGAGGCGGUUUCUGACAACUGCUCUGUAGUUCUCACGACACAUCAUCUGGAGGAAGUGGAGGUCCUGGCGCACCGCGUGGCCAUCAUGGUGGACGGAACGCUGCGGUGCAUUGGUGACCAGACACACCUGAAAAAUAAGUUUGGUAGCGGGUAUGAGAUGAGCAUUCGUAUUGAGAGUGCAGAGCUUUAUGAACCAAUUGUGAAAUUUGUGACCGAAAUGUUUCCCAACGCGACGCUGAAUGAGUUUAAAGGACAGCGGUUUGUGUAUACGUUGCCCCGCGACGCGUCUAUUAGUGACACAUUCCGCAUUUUACGGGAUAACAAGGAGUUGUUGGGCAUCACUGACUAUAGCGUUUCUCAGACAUCGAUUGAACAGGUUUUUUUGCGAGUCAUUGGGGAAAUAGAGACUGAUUUUUAG